GCUGCGCCUCAGCCCCACCCCGCAGUGUCCCUCGGGGGGCCGCGGCGGAGCCUGCGUACCGGGGCGCGGCGUCCAGGCCAGUCAGUCAGCUGUUUCUCCCUGGGCCAAAGGGCGGAAGCCCGAGCAGCCCGGGGCGGAGCUUCGCGAGGAGCGAACGCCUCCCCCCUCCCCCGCCCUACGUGCUCGUUCGCCUCCGUCCGCUGCGCGCGAGCCCGGAGUCCCCGCGGCGGGCGGCGGCGGCGGCGGCGGCGGCGGCGGCGGCGUUGGCAGAAGGCGGAGGCGGUGGAGAGAGCCCGCGGCUGCCGCGGCGACAGCGAAAUGGCGGAGACCGUAGCGGACACCCGGCGGCUGAUCACCAAGCCGCAGAACCUGAAUGACGCCUACGGGCCGCCCAGCAACUUCCUGGAGAUCGACGUGAGCAACCCGCAGACCGUGGGGGUCGGCCGGGGCCGCUUCACCACCUACGAGAUCAGGGUCAAGACAAAUCUUCCUAUCUUCAAGCUGAAGGAAUCUACUGUUAGAAGGAGAUACAGUGACUUUGAAUGGCUUCGAAGUGAACUAGAGAGAGAGAGCAAGGUGGUAGUCCCCCCGCUCCCUGGGAAAGCGUUUUUGCGGCAGCUUCCUUUUAGAGGAGACGAUGGAAUAUUUGAUGAUAAUUUCAUCGAGGAAAGGAAGCAGGGACUGGAACAGUUCAUAAACAAGGUCGCUGGUCAUCCUCUGGCCCAGAAUGAACGUUGUCUUCACAUGUUUUUACAGGAUGAAAUAAUAGAUAAAAGCUAUACCCCAUCUAAAAUAAGACAUGCCUGAGUGUGGAAAGAAGAGGCAGAAACAAGACCAUUAACAUCCACACCAGUGAAGACGUUGUAACUAACUUAGCAUGCUGCACAGACACUGGUCUAACAUGCCCUGGGUAUACUAACACUCACGCUCCCUUUCAUUUCCUUUAGUUCAUUGCUGUAGUGGAACGCCCUCGUUGAGCCCCCACUAGCUCUGCCCUGCCGUGUCCAGUGCACACUGUAGCCUCACAAGCCCCUAGAACCCGAGUCCCUGACUAAAGCUGCUGACUUGGCCUUAUUUGCAGUUUCUGUGUCACGUUUCUUCUUGCAUCCGAUUGACUAGAACAUUCCCCUACUGUGUGAUGCCCCCUCGGUCCUAAUUUAUGUGCAGGAGCACGACAACCAUUUGUCUCCAGUGCCACACAUACGAGGUGUACUUUGUGUGCAGAGUGUGUCUUUCUUCUGGCCUGUCAUCCCCUUCACGUGGAAGAUUAAUGAGGGAAAUCUUUAUAUUCUGUAUAAAAACAAAAUCAAAUUUAUAUACUAAAAUCAUUUGUCUAAAAAUUUAAGUUGUUUUCAAAUAAAAGUUGAAAUGCA